GUGUCUCCCCGGUUUGUGGCCGGAGAGCCGCCGCAGGAGCAGCAGCAGCAGCAGGCCGCUACACACGGAGGCGGAUCAGAGCGCCUGGAGCCGCGGAGCGCGGAGCUGCUGCCCGGGCCACGCAUUAUGCAGGCGGACUGUCCGGGAUGGACGCAGCGCUAAUGCUGGGAAGAGGAACCGGACUCUUCUUCAUCAUCCUCUUCUCCGCCAGAGGAUCCCGGGCGCAGAAAGGUGAUGGCUGUGGGCACACUGUGCUGGGGACGGGCAGUGGCAGUCUGGCGUCUCUGGGUUAUCCGUUCUCUUACCCCACAGACUCAGUGUGUGAGUGGGAGAUCAGCGUGAGCGUUGGGGACACGCUCCUCCUGCGUGUGGCCGAACUCGACAUCCACUCUCAAAACUGCCAGGUGUCUUACCUGCGUCUGUUUAACGGCAUCGGAGGGAGCAGGACAGAAAUCAUUAAGCUGUGUCAUGGAGAUGUAAGUGGGCCGAGGAUGGUGAAGUCAGAUGGUCAUCAGGUCACUGUGCAGUUCAUGAGCGGACCGCAAAACCACGGCCGCGGAUUCUUCCUCUCCUACGCCAGCAGCCAACAACAAGAUCUGAUCACCUGUUUGGACAAAGGAAAUGACUUCACUGAAGCUGAGUUCAGUAAAUUCUGUCCUGCAGGGUGUCUGACUGACUUCGGUGAGGUGUCUGGAACCAUCCCCCAUGGCUACAGAGACUCCUCUCUGCUGUGUCUGUCUGGUAUCCAUGCUGGUGUGGUGUCGAACGUGCUGGGGGGAGCGGUCAGUGUGGUCAGCAGUAAAGGCAUCCCGCACUAUGACAGCUCACUGGCCAACAAUGUCACCUCUGUGGCAGGGAACCUCUCCCCCAGUCUCUUCACCUUUAAAACCAGCGGCUGUUACGGUACGCUGGGUCUGGAGUCGGGCGUGGUCAGCGAUGCUCAGAUCUCCGCCUCCUCGGUGUGGGAGUGGGCUCGUCACGGUGAAAAGCCGUCUGUUUGGGCGUCCUCGGGGUCUCGGUUAAAAAGGGCGGGGCUUCCAUGGGCAGCUGUUACCAGUGACACCAAGCAGUGGAUACAGGUGGAUCUGAAGAGAGAGAAAAAAAUUACAGGAAUAAUCACCACUGGCUCCUCCCUGCCGGAGUACCAGUUCUAUGUUUCUGCGUAUCGUGUUCAGUACAGCAGUGACGGACAGGACUGGACCGCCUAUAAAGAUUCAGGAUCAAACCAGCAGAAGGUUUUCCAAGGAAACACCAACUACCUUCACGAAGUGCGCAACAACUUCAUUCCACCAAUAGAAGCUCGGUUUAUCAGAAUAAACCCCUACCAGUGGCACCAACGCAUUGCUCUGAAAAUGGAGCUGCUUGGCUGUCAGUUACCUGCAGGUAUAGGACCAAUCACACGGCUGAUUUACAGUGACUGUAUAAAAGGUAGAUCUGUCCUACAUGAUGCUCUUUUUCUCUGCUUUUAUUGGUUAGCAAGGCCACGAAUAUUCAACCCAGACCAUCUUCCCCCUAAAAGAAGCACUGUACCUCCACAGCAUGGCUGGACGACACACACGCCCGACGUUCGGAACACCACCGUGCCCCAGCACCCUCAUAAUGAGGUGGCGCUGGUGGCAGUGCUGGUUCCUGUGCUGGUGGUGGUUCUCACUGCUCCAGUACUGGUUAUAGUGUGUGCCUGGCUGUGGAAGAGCAGGAAAAGCCCUGAAGUGACCUAUGACCUUCCACACUGGGACCGCACAGUCUGGUGGAAGAGCAUGAAGCAGCUCCUGCCCUCUAAGCUGGACGGGGAGGAUUGUGUGCGCUACAGCUCCACCGCCCGAGCGGACCACCAACGACCACGGGUAGAGCCUGCAGAAUACGCUCAGCCGCUGGUCAGUGGGACCAUGGCCUCCCUCGGUCAGAGGUCGACUUUUAAGCCUGAGGAGGGAGCAGACCCCGAGUAUGAUGCACCUUUACCCCCCGAACAAUACCACGCCUACGCUGAACCACUGCCCGCCUCCGGAGCGGAGUACGCCAUUCCCAUCACGAUUGACAGAGCCAAUCACGUAUCAGGAUCAACGCUGGCCUUCCGAGGGCGGGAUUUACUAUCUCAAACGGACAGCAACCAAUCAGGGAGGUCCAUGUAUGAUACACCGAAAAGCACAUCAGACCAGGUUGCGCCAGCAGACGGGCAGGUUUACCAGGUGCCUCAGAAUUCCCAGAACACACCAUGCCAGGAAACAGACUGACCAAUCAGAGCAUGGUACCAGAGUCUGGGCUGAACUUUGACCCCAAGGAAGAAGACUGCCUUGCCUUCCUCACAGAAAAUGCAGAGGUGUGUGUGCAUGUGAGUGCAUGUGUGUGUUUUUUAGAUGUUUGUGCUAAAUGUGGGAUUUCCCUGCCGCCUCAAACAGCGUGCCAUACCCCAGUCCUAUCACUGAAAUAUAACACACAGGAAUGUCUGAGAGAGAGAGAGAGACAGGUCAACAGAGUCAGGCAGGGAGACUCUACUGUACACUACUGUUUUAGGGUGCCUCUAUGUGUGUGAGUCAAGUGUGUGUGUUCAAGUCUUUGUGUGUGUGUGUGUAUUUGUGUAUGUAUGUAUAUGUAUAUGUGAACACUGAUCAGCCAUAACUUUAACUUUAGCCACAGACAAUAGUAGAAUAUCAUUGAAAAGUUACUUUAUUUCAGUAUUUUAGUUCAAAAUGUGAAACUCAUAUAUUAUAUAGAUGUAUAUAAUAAUUUAUGCAUCUAUGUCUUUUAUUGUUGAUUAUUGAUUAUGGCUUACAGCCAAUGAGAAAAGCCAAAAACAGUGUCUCAGAAAAUUAGAAUAUUAUAUAUAAGACCAAUUGGUACUUUUGGUAUGCAGUGUGGGCAGUGUGCCAAAUCCUGCUGGAAAAUGAAAUCAAGGGAGCAGAGUCUUGAGAGUGGAGAGGAAGAGUGGAGAGACACAGUUCAAACUGCUCGAGGUCUAGUGUAAAUUUUCCACCAAUCAGUGAUGGUUUGGAUAAAGAGACAUGUCUGUCAUCUGCUGGUGUUGAUCCACUGUGUUAUAUCAAGUAUCUUUUAUGGAAAUGUGGAUUUCAUUUUCCAGCAGGACUUCCAGAGGCACACUUUCCACAGUGCUUACCAAACGUACCAAUCAAUCUUAUAUAAUAUUGUAAUUUUCUAAGACACUGAUUUUUUUUAGGGUUUUCAUUGGCUGUAAGCUUAAUAAUAAUCAACAAUAAAGUAAAUAAACGCUGUAUGCGGUGCUUAUCUACCAAAAGUGGUCCAAGAAAAAACAACCUGAUGGCCUCUUUUCCAUUGCAAGGCCAAAAUGGGACCAAAUUGCAAAAUUUCACAUAUCACAUUCGGUACCACUUUAAAAUAAGACUACCUUUAUAAAGGGUUUAUAAAUUGUUUACAAUAAAUUUAUUAAUGGUUACUAAUUAGGUUGUAAAUGCCUUAAAAAUCAUUAAUAAUCAGUUAUAACACAUAUGUAGAAAGGGCAACAAUGACCUGUUGUUUGCCUAAUAGUGAACCCACAGCCUUCUAUAUUGUUGCCCUUUCUACGUAUGUGUUAUAACUGAUUAUUAAUGAUUUUAAGGCAUUUACAACCUAAUUAGAUACCAUUAAUAAACUAAUUGUAAACCAUUUAUAAACCCUUUAUAAAGGUAGUCUUAUUUUAAAGUGGUACCUCACAUUCUCUAUCGUUUUCUGUUUUUGAACAUAUUAGGACUCCAGGUUUUGAACCACACUGCUGAAGUAAAUGUAAAGGCAUUAGAAUAAUAGCUCUAUUGAUGCUCACUGUGUUCCAGUUUUACAAUUACUGAUUUUUUUUUCUUGGUGCCAGAUACCGCAGGACAUCUUCAGAGGUGUCAUAAAGUCCAUAACCUCAAAGGGCACAUAUUUAAUAUCAUGCUGCAGGUGGUGCUGUGGUUAUUGUUAUGGCUGAUGGGUGUAGAUAUAAUAUGAGUAUAUGUACAUGAGUUCUGGCCUUAAACUGUGAGUCCCUAAAGAUUUUCUCCAAAGCUGAGAGGAGUUCUCUCCUUAGUCUUACUCGUAAAGUCCUUUCCGGUGAGAGCGGGCAGCGGGCAAACACAAGCAGCUGCAUGCCCCUCGGGUACUU